AAUAAAGGAAAGGAAAGUGCUUUCAGGAUUUGCUCAAUAAAAUCCUAGUCUUGAAUUCUUUACUAUUUUUCUUGUUAUCUGGGAAAUUAAUCUUUAUAUUUUUGGACACAGAAGACAGAAUUCAAAAGGGAGAGCUAAAAUUUAGAGAAAUUGGGUGUUUGCUACAAAUUAAAUGGAAGUUAGGCUUUUUGUUUAAUUAUUGAUCUUUGCAUAUGGAACUACGGCUUUGUGUACAGUGAAGAAAGUAGUAUUGCUCAUUCAUUUUUUUAGUUGUAAAUAUUCUUACUUUUUGCUUUGAUAAGGGAAAGUUCAGGUAAAUUAAAUGGAAGUUAGGCUUUUCUUUACUUGUUAAUCCUUUUUACUAUUGUAUAUAUUGGAAGGAGCCUCAGCUUUACGCUCCAAUUCAAACUGUGUCUUUUGAAGUAAGGGUAGUGUACAAUGAAGAGAGCAUUGAUUUUAAUGGCCUUAACCAUUUGUUUGUCCUUUUUGUAAUCUCUAUCUGUUCAACUAUGUAUUAAGGGUCAUGCAAAUGUGAGUCUUGUCAAUUCAAGGUCUGAACUGGCCAAAAUAUUUGUUGUGUCUGAAAAUCAAGUUGAAACUAGUUUAAUGCUACUGCAAGUUUUUUUUUUUAGCUCGAAUUACUGCUCUUGAGCUACAACUAUAUGGAGCUAACUUUAGCAUUCCCUUUUUUGGCUUGUAGUUUGUUACAAAGCUCAAAUGGAGACCACUGGAGAUCCCGGUCCAAUUGAUAAUGUUGUACUUUAUGAUCAAGAUAGCCAUGUCUCUUCAGCAGUUUGGGAUGGGCAGGAACGAGGAGUGCUUAGAUGUCAUGAACACACUUCACUGCUUGACCAAUGGAAGCUCACAGCUGAACAAAUCGAGUUGGUUGGGAAGGCUGGAUUUCAUUACUUACGAAUGAUUCCCGCAAUUAAUUUUGACAGUGCCCUCAUAGCAGCGCUAGUUGAGAGGUGGAGGAGAGAAACAAAUACCUUUCACUUGCCUGUUGGAGAAAUGACAAUAACCCUUGAAGAUGUAGCACUCUUGCUUGGACUAGCAAUUGAUGGAGAGCCUGUUAUAGGUGUAACAAGCAGCACACCCAGCUUGUUGUGUGAAAAAUUACUAGGAAGAGUACCAGAGGACCUAACUGGUGGAAUGGUGAAGCUUACCUGGUUGAAAGAGUUCUUUUCUCAAUGUCCCAAAGAUGCACCAGUGGAAGAGAUUGAGUGCCGAACACGUGCCUACCUUCUAUACCUGGUAGGCAGUACAAUAUUUUCCACAACAACUGGUAACAAAGUCCCUGUCAUGUACCUUUCAUUGUUUGAGGAUUUUGACAAAGCGGGAAAGUUUGCAUGGGGUGCAGCAGCAUUGGCAUUCUUAUAUAGAGCACUUGGCAAUGCUUCACUAAAGUCUCAAAGCACCAUUAGCGGCUCUUUGACUUUACUCCAGUGUUGGAGUUAUUAUCGCCUGAAUGUUGGCCGACCAAGGUUCAAUCAGGAGCCAAACCAAGGUUGCUUUCCAUUGGUGCUCUGGUGGAAAGGAAAACAAAGUGGUUCCAGAAUGAAAUGUAAUAUAGUCUCCUAUCGGAAAGCCUUGGAUUCUCUUAAACCUUCUGAUGUGGAGUGGCUUCCUUACAAAGAUAUCGACCAUACAGUAAUACCAGAAGAUAUUAAAAAUACUUUGACCUUGCGGGCAUCAAGGACUAUGCUCAUUUGCUUUGAAAAGGCAGAAAGACACCUCCCAGAUCGUUGCGUUAGGCAAUUUGGCAUGCUUCAAGGGAUUCCAAAUGAUGUUCAUCGAUGGGAGAGAAAGAGCCGUGCAUAUGAUCAUGGUGUUGACAUCUUGGGUAAAAUGCAAUAUGAGCUUGAUGAGUGGGCAAUGCGUAGAUUUUAUGUCGUGGAAGGUGAUGAUGAUGUGGACGAAAAGGAGUACAUGCAGUGGUACGAGAAAAUUACUCGUAAAUUCGUAGGGAGGCUUACAUCUGUUGAGUCUGAAUUUAAGGGAAAAGUUGAAGCUUUGAAUGAAAUUGCAGACAUGCUAGGUAAGUUUUCAGAAGAUGGGAUGGAUUUCCAGGAUAGGAAGUUACUUGAUGAGGUCAAGGAUAUUGUGCACAAAUAUUUGAUGGAUGAAGUUGGAGAUUCACCAAAAAAAAUUGGAAUGAAGAGUACUAAGAAGCGUAAGCGGAAGGAUGAUUCGAUUUGCGAGGAUGGCCAAUGUUAAGAGUUGUAGAUGCAUUAAUCAUGUGGACAGCUCUGUUUAUUGAGAUAAAAAUACCCUAAAAAAAUCUGUUUGGCAAAGUGGUUAAGAUGUGAUUUUCUUUUCGUUGGUCAUUAGUAAAGCACUUCUAGGAAGUAGGUUAUUAUUACUUAGUUUUAGGGGAUUUGUAGUGCAUAGCCUAUAGUCGCCUUGUAUGAUUAUGAAAUGUGUAAAAAAUUCUUCAUUUAAUAUGUCAAGUAGUUCUUCACUGAAUUAAAAUUUUCAA